AGUGAAUGAGAGCUACAAGCCUGAAUUUAUCCAGCUGAGGAAGUGGCUGAAAGAUAGGAAAUUUGAAGAUACGAACUUAAUACCUGCUAGUUUUCCAGGUACCGGAAGAGGGCUGAUGAGCAAAACAUCCCUGCGGGUGAGAAUCUCUCUCUUCUCCUUGGAACCCAGUAUAGAUUUUGCUGCUUUGUUUUUGUGAUUGAAAUCAAGUGAAUUAAAAAUAUUUCAGACGUACAGGCAUUUUUUACCUAAUGGGUGUGUUCAAAUUCAAUUCUGUCAGUUAGAAUUAAGUUUGCUGUGUAUGCGAGAUAAACCCAAAGUAAAAUGCUUAAACUGGGCAGUUCAUUUGACUGUCAUGUAACCAAGCCUGGAUUGGCAGACCUGGGCCGCUGUGGUGGUCACAUGGCCAUCAGAGGCCCAGAUCCCUUUUAGCUCUGUCUCCACGUCCUUGGAGGGAGCCCCCCACCCUCAGGUCCAUGGGGGAGCUCCUGGAGCUUGAGCAGCAGGACCGAGCGAGGGGGUGAGGAAGGCAGACUUCUCCCAUCAAAGAAAUUCGAGGGACACGGGACUGGCCGGCUGUGAGGGAGGGGAGACGUGCGGCCCUUUCCCAGCCCUGUGCCCGUCUGAUGGGACUGGUAGGGAGGAGGAGAGGAGGCGUGUCGGGGUGGACACCUACAGUCUCCGCCACAGCACAUUCUGUAAAUCAGAUCGUGUUUUACACGUGCCAGGGAAGGAGCUGCUCUCAGCUGAGAGGCUGUGUGAGACUUAGUCGGUGAACCUGAGCAAGCAGAGUGGGGUGGCCUCGGAGCCCGUCCCGGGGUGGCCUUCAGCUAGCUUUGGUGCCCGGAGGGAGCAAAGCCCCUAGCCCUCGGCUUGUGUUUCCUCACCUGGAAAAUGAGGUGAAUGACAUAGGUGACCUCCAAGGUCUAUUUUAGUUCUUUCUAUGCUAUUUAAAGGACAUCUAGUACAUAACUUUUCUGUAAAGCUACAAACUAACUCCUUAAUUGAUUUUUAAUUAAAAAUUUUUAAAAUUUGUAUUUAUUUAAUUUCUAUAAAACCCAGCUGUCUACAUAUAUUUAACCUAAAGAAUGGUAGCUUUUAAUAUUCUAAUUCUGUUAUGUUAUUUUUAUAUUUUAAAAUUUUGUGGUAAAAAUGUACAUAAAAUUUACUGUCUUAACCAUUUUGAGUAGUAUUAAGUAAUUCACAUUGUGCAGUAUUUUUAUUUUUUGAACAGAGGUAUAACUGACUUCACUCUAUAGCAGAAUUUGGGAAGGAGAGACAAAGCUGUCAUGUAUACAGCAGUAAUUACGAGUUGUUUUUGUUUAGAUCAUGAAAUGAUAAUUGGCAAUUGCUUUACAUGUACUUUUAUUUAUUCUUUUUUAAAUUUAUGGUACAUUGGUUAACGGAAUCCAAUAAGUUUCAGCUGUACACUUUAUACACGUACUUUUAAGUGGCUUUUUUGUUAAAUUUUUUGAAAAUAGAGACGCAUUUUAUAUAUUAUGAAAUGCAAAGAUUUUAAGUUUCCAGUGUGAUGAGUUUUUAUUUACUCCCAUCAAGAUGAAGAACAUUUUAUCAGGUGGCUUUUCUUCAAAUGAAAAAGUCAUGGAUGUCGGAGCAGGAAGGGGUGGCAGUGAUCACCUAGCUUAAUCUGUUUCCGGAUGAGGACACCGGAAGUCACACCCAGAUGAUUUUUGGCUGAGAUUUCUAAGCAGCCCAGAUGCCAGUUGUAAAAGCAGGAUCUUAUGUCUGGCCUCUUAGUGCCUUAUUUAUUUCUGGUGUCUGUUACUUGACAUGUUAAUUCUUCUAUGUUUCUAUUUUAGUGAGAGGAACUGAGAACUAUGCCUUUGCAGGAGGGACAGGUGAUUAUUUCGUUGCCUGAGAGUUGCCUGCUCACCACCGACACAGUGAUCAGGAGCUACUUAGGGGCGUACGUUGCUAAGUGGCAGCCUCCUCUGUCUCCGCUGCUGGCUCUGUGCACCUUUUUAGUUGCAGAAAAGCAUGCUGGGGACCGGUCUCCCUGGAAGCCUUACCUGGAGAUUUUACCGAAGGCCUAUACCUGCCCCGUUUGUUUGGAGCCGGAAGUGGUGAAUCUUCUUCCCCAACCUUUGAAAGCAAAAGCCAGAGAGCAGAGAAUCCGCGUGCAGGAGUUCUUCACUUCCUCCAGAGACUUCUUCUCCUCGCUGCAGCCUCUGUUUUCCGAGGCCGUCGAGGGCAUCUUCAGCUACAGUGCCCUCCUGUGGGCUUGGUGCACUGUCAACACCAGAGCUGUGUACGUGAAGCGUGGGCGGAGGCAGUGCUUCUCCGCAGAGCCAGACACCUGCGCCCUCGCCCCAUACCUGGAUCUGCUGAAUCACAGCCCAGGUGUCCAGGUACAAGCAGCAUUUAACGAGGAAACUCGCUGCUAUGAAAUUAGAACAGGUUCGAGCUGCAGGCGGCACGAAGAGGUUUUCAUCUGCUACGGCCCCCAUGAUAACCAGCGGCUGCUCCUGGAGUAUGGCUUCGUGGCCGCCCGCAACCCUCAUGCGUGUGUCUAUGUCUCACAAGAUAUACUUGUUAAAUAUCUCCCAUCAACAGAUAAACAGAUGAACAAAAAGAUUUCCAUUUUAAAGGAUCACGACUUUAUAGAAAAUAUGACGUUUGGAUGGGAUGGACCAUCUUGGAGGUUGCUCACAGCUCUUAAGCUGUUAUGUCUGGAAGCUGAAGAAUUAGCUUGCUGGCAAGACCCGGACGAGGCCCUUACUUUUCCCCCUGAAUUGCAAGAGCCAAGAAAUCUACAAACGGCUGUUUAUCCGAUGGGAGCGGCCUUGCUGGUGGCGGCUGCCGUGGGAAGCAUCUUGCUGAAGCCCGUUCAGGUUGGGAUAAUGAGCUGCGUCUGCUGCGGUCCCGUGUUCAGGGCAGGUGGCCGCAGCACAGCCCGGGGGCGGGCGCCAUGGUUCCCAGGGACACAGCCGUCAGCGGAAGUGUGUGAGAGGAAGUCUCCCGUCUCUUCGCUCGGAAUGCAGUGUCUCUGCUACGGCAGGAGCAACAUCCUGGGAACCGUUAGAAUCCAUCUUCCUUCUUUUAUAGACUGCUAGUGGGAGGAGACUACAGGGGAGGCCACUGCCACCAAAAGGUGUCCCUCAGGAAGCUAAGUAAGCGCUGUCAGUGUCUUUUUUACUGCUCCCCAAAGGGUGACUGCAGACCAACAGCACCAGCGACCCGGGGAGCUUGUCAGAAACGCAGACUCUCAGGCGCCGCCCCGGGCUGGCCCAGUCGGAACCCGCCGCGUGACGAGGUGUGUGUGCACGUGGAAGUUGGACAAGCUGUGCCUCAGAACGCGUCCAAGUGGCAUUUCUGGGGACUGCGGAGCUGCUGGGGGCCAGCCCGGCACCCUGUGCGUGCCACCCACGGCCGAGUCCAUCGUUGCUGGCAGGUGAAGGAAGCCUGGCUCAUGGGUCAGCCGGCAAAUUCCCUUCCCUGCCCGGGAGCACAGACCGGGCUGAGCUCAGUCGGGUCUAAGUACUUUCGCUGUAGUAUCUUUGCGGCAGACGUUUUUGCCAUAACUAAUUGGGCACGAGGCAAUUUGGCCAUAAAAAAAAAAAAAAAAGGUAACUGGUUGACAGUUUUUUGGGGGUUGGGGGUUUGGUUUCAUCUCUUCAUCGAUGAAGUUCUCUCCCAUUCUUAUAUUAUAUAUAAAUCGUGUGCAGCCUUCCAGUUCGUGGUCUCUUCCGUGAUGACUAGACUGGCGGCAGUGGUGACCUUAAAAGAGCGUUUCUUCCAGAUAAUGAUGAUCACCCCUAGAGCUGGUUUCUUAUUUUGAAAACCCACUACACUGAGAGGGGAAGGCGAGGCUGAGGGCCUUCUCGGAGGGUGCAGAGUUGAACCCACAUGUCCCCUAGAACGAAGGCAAGUGCUUGGGUCUAGUCCACAAAAGAAGGCCAGUCGCUCGUGCAGUAGAGCCACGAAUCUGCACACGUUUGAAACGUAUUCACAUAUUUUGUAUUUUCUGACAAAAUCUUUUUAAUUUCGUUAUUCAUUUUUUUUCACGUUUUAUUAUAUGUCCCUCUUUCAUAUUUUGUGAUUUUUGUCUCUUUUAUGGCAAAGGGGCCUUACAGCCAGUUAGUUAUGUGGCGGGAAUGUUUGCCGCAAGGAGGCACGUGCCGGACACGGAACACGGCCCUGGUCUGCUUGAUGCCACGUGGGCUGCAUGCCCGCACACCUUCCUUCUGGGCAUUUCCAUGGGCCACCCCCCGAUUCCCUGUGGCGCCGAGGUCAAGUGUAGGGACGGGCUUCAUUGGGGUCUUAUGGACCGAGGUGGCGGCAGUGGGGACAGACUUCUUUUUUCUUGUCUUAGGCCAUCUGUAGGUUCUGAGACAGGAAGACCUCAGGAGAGGAGGAAGCUUCAGGGAGACGGGGCGUGGGGAGGACCAGAGCGGACCUUUGCUUUCCUGUGGCUUUGGUUCCCUGCGGGGGGUGCCGAUGUGCUCCAGGCUCCCCGGUCCCAGCCUGGCAGGGCCGCGGGCAUUCUGGUCGGGCCGGCUGAUUGCAGGCAUUGUUCUCGCCCAUUAGCUCAGAUUUGUGUAGACAGGAGCAGCACCCAGUGUCCCUGCCUUUGUUCAUUAUCUACCUUUUUUUCCUUUGUGAGGGGAAAAAAGAGCUGAUUCCCUUUUGAGGGACAUGAAAACUCAGAUUUGUCUUCCAAAAGUUACCUUAGAACUCCAGAUCACACGGGGGUCCUUCGCUGGCAAGAAGAGAGGCCUUACCUCCUGAAUGUAUAACUUACAGUACGUUCUCAGCAGACCAAGAAAAAUGCCUUUUAUCACGUCCUGCUUUUUUUCCUCCCAUUGCUUUAUUUCACUUACAACAUCGCUCGGGCCCAAAUGGUAUUUGUCAGGAGUAAUUGGCAAGCGCCGGAGGCUGUGUUCGGGGCUGCUUGAAUGGAAAAAUCUCAAAGCAGUUGUCCAUGUUGAAAGAAAACAUUACAUUUGAUCUUUUAUUUUAUUUUUUUAUGAUUUCUGCAGACAUGAUGCACGUCUGCAUUCUUGAGCCUUAUAACCCCUUUAUAUCUGAGGGGGGAAAAAACUGCAGGAAGUAGCACUUCACAGUUAAUUCACCGUGUGCCCGAGAAGCAACCACAACACACGAGAAGUCACUUUAAAAACACCACCCUGAUUUAUUUUUAUUAACUGCCUAAUAAAGCCUGCGCCGGUUUGCAGGUGGUUAUACACUGAAUCAUGAUUCCAAGCUUCACGUUUCAUGUCUCUUUCUACUCGGAUGUUUAUUCUUCCGGAUGAAACUGUGCCACCGUCCACAUCCUUGUUUGGAAGCUGUGUGCCCGCCGGUGCAGGACAUCAUGCAGCUGGCGGAUGAGCCUCACCUGACCGGACUGAGGUCCAGAGGGUGAAGUGACGAGACAGAGUGAUGCAGGGAGCGGAGACUGCGUCCCCCACACCGUUAGUCUUCACACUCUCCCAGACCGUCCUGCAGGUGUUUCGUCUUAGGUGCACAGCACAGUGACAUAGUUUGGAGGCCUUUUAAGGUCACACAACCCAGCAGAAAUACACCUUCUUCCACAUUCUGCGUGUAUAUCCGUAUCUCUGGAAGGAAAUGACAGCACAGUGACCGGGUUGCAGAGCUCGUGGGAGGUGCUUGCCACCUCGUCUCUACUGCACUGGGAUGAUUCUGGGGUAAUAAUGCACAUGAAGCAUCACGUCAAGGUUGUAGGAAACUGGGUCAGAGGUCAGUAAGCUACAGCCAGCCCUUAUUUUUGUAAAUAAAGUUUUUUUUUUUUUUUUAAAUUCAAGCUUUUUAAAUUGUAGUAAAAUAUGCAUAACUUAAAAUUUGCCAUUUUAACCAUUUUCAAUGUACAAUUCAGUGGCAUCGAGUACACCGUUGUGUAACUAUCACAACUAUUUCCAAAACUUUUUAAUUACCCUAAAUAGAAAUUCUGCUCCCAUGACACAGUGACUUCCUGUCCCCUGUCCCCCCAGCACCUGUAAUCUACUUCAUGUCUCUCAUUUGUCUAGUCGAGGUAUUUCAUAUAAGUGGAGUCAUGUAAUAUUUGUCAUUUUGUGUCUGGUUUAUUUCACUUAGCAUAAUGUUGCUGAGGUUCAUCUGUGUCGCAGCAUGUGGCAGUACAUCAUUGCUUCCUGCCUGGCCUGCUUUAUUGAAAUAUAAUUGACAAUUAAACAUUGUAUGUAUUUAA